GCCAGAGAGCCGGCCACAUACACACACACACUGCUCCUAUAAAGAUGUGAAAAUGGCGGAGCUACAAAUGCUUCUGGAAGAGGAGAUUCCAGCCGGACGAAGCGCACUACUAGACAGUUUCACCAAUUUGGAAAGAGUCGCGGAGUACUGCGAAAGCAACUAUGUCCAGUCUCCAGACAAGGAGAGGGCGCUGGAGGAGACCAAGAACUACACCACCCAGUCCCUGGCCAGCGUGGCCUACCUGAUCAACACGCUGGCCAACAAUGUGCUGCAGAUGCUGGACAUCCAGGCCUCGCAGCUCCGCCGCAUGGAGUCCUCCAUCAACCACAUCUCACAGACGGUGGACAUCCACAAAGAGAAGGUGGCCCGGCGGGAGAUCGGCAUCCUCACCACCAACAAGAACACGUCCCGCACCCACAAGAUCAUCGCCCCUGCCAACCCCGAGAGGCCCGUACGCUACAUACGCAAGCCCAUCGACUACAGCUUCCUGGACGACAUGGGCCAUGGAGUCAAGUGGUUGCAAAGGUUUAAGGCCAGCGCUCAGAACAUGAAGGCAGGAGGCACGGUCCUCCCUCGCACAAACCCCCCCACACAGAAGCCCCCCAGCCCGCCCAUGUCGGGGAAAGGGACCCUCGGGCGCCACUCCCCCUAUAGGACGCUCGAGCCGGUGCGUCCGCCCGUUGUCCCUAACGACUACGUCUCAAGCCCGACACGCAACAUGGCGCCCCCCCUGCAGAGCCCUGCACGCACUGCAUCUGUUAAUCAGAGGAACCGCACGUACAGCAGUGGGAGCAGUGGAGGCAGCCAUCCCAGCAGCAGCCGCAGCAGCAGCCGGGAGAACAGUGGCAGCGGCAGCGUGGUCCUACCCAUCGCCGUGCCAACCCCCGCCCCGCCCAACUCAUUCCCAGCCCCCAUCCAAUCUAACCCGGCCAAACCUCCCCCCAACACUGCCACCACCCCCGGAGCCCCCACUUCCGCCCUAGACGGUCCCCCACAGGCCCCUAACCCACCUGUAGACACCCCGCCUGUCCCCCCGCCCCCUCCCCAGCUCCCUCUCUCUGUGGGGCCCCCCAACACGGGCCCUAAUACUUUUGGCAACCCUGCAGCAGGUGCUCCUCAGUUCUACAGCAUGAACCGCCCAGCACAGCCCCCCAUGCCGAACUCUCAGGUGGGGGGCUCUCUGCCGUUCCGCCGCCCCUCCUCCGUCACUGGGCAGCCCAACAUGUCCCAGAGCCAGCUCAACGGGGGGCCGCACUUCGCCCAGACCCCAGGUACCGCUGACAUGUGUGAGCAAGAAGAGACGGGCCCGCUCGCACCCCCUCCCCCCUCCAUGCAGAUCACCCCCCAGCUGCCUCUGAUGGGCUUUGUGGCCCGAGUACAGGAGACCAUCUCAGACGCGCCGCCUCCACCUCCCCCCGCCGAGGAUCCGGUGUUCGAGGAACCCACCCCCCCUCCUCCACCGCCGGAAGAGUACGAAGACGACGAGGAGGAGGAGGAAGAGGAUGAAGAGGAGUCAGCGGUGGUGGAGUACAGCGACCCGUACGCUGAGGAGGACCCCCCAUGGGCCCCCCGCACCUACGACGAGAAAGUGGUGGCCAUCUACGACUACGCCCGGGACAAAGAGGACGAGCUGUCGUUCCAGGAGGGCUCCAUCAUCUACGUGAUCAAGAAGAACGACGACGGCUGGUACGAGGGCGUGAUGAACGGCACCACGGGCCUCUUCCCCGGAAACUACGUGGAGUCCAUCAUGCACUACGCCGACUGAACAAUCCCCCCCUCUGUCGAGACGGGAGGAGCGGAGCGGGUGGAUGAGAAGAGGGAGGGGAGACGUGGGUUAAAGGUCAAAGACUUUGAACAGACAGAGCAUGAUGACCUCCGGACGAGAAGAGGAAAACGAAGAAGGGCGAACUGACAGUCCUUCUUCAUAGGCGCCAUUGUAAAACAACCACUACUCUAGAUAUUCCCUUUCUUUUGUUUGACUAAAUAAGCCGUAUUGUAUUCCGAGAGUUUUGCGUUACAUUACGAGGCCACUCACUACAUUGAUUUUGCUUCGUUUUACCAUUUUGCCCUUAUUUUAAAGUAUAUUUAUUUGGUUUUUGUAGUGGGUUAUACAGGUAGAGAGGGACUAAAGGCUGGAGGAGAAUGCCUUCAUGUGUAGAUUUAGUUCUCCUUAACACUCCAGAGACAUCUUUAGGAACUAUACUCUAUAUGUAGGUAUAAUGCAACAACGAUAUCCUCGGUGGGGGGGGGAGAACUGUAGAUUCCGUACUUGACUAAAUGUUGAGGUACCUCUUGCGGAGAGCGUGCCAAAGCUGACAUCUACUAGGAAAAAGCACAUCACAUGUCUUAAGAUUUAAAGUGGGGAAAAAAAGACGUCUGAGAGGAAGCCCCAAGAGUGCUUUAAACCCUUUUUUUAAAAAACCCUAAUUAGAAAAUGUGAUAUUCUGCGUCGAAUGACAGCGUGGUUUCGUUUCAGCGACGGACGAUGUGCAUUUGAGAGGAAGCCAUUUUGUUUUUUUGCCGUUUUUAACCGGGGUCCAGACUUUGCUUGCAGAGCGGCAGACUGCAUGUUUCCACGAGGAGAAAAAAAAAAUCUUUUAUUUUCUGCUCGGAUUAAUGUCUUAAUAUUUUUAGGUGUGGUUUGGUUUUUUGAUAUUUCACCCACGAUGCAUUUAGGGUCAUUUCCAAGAUGCUUGUGCCAUAUUGAAGUGCGUGUUGCUGUCCAUCACUUCAUUCGCAAUAAAUUGGCCGGAGUGGGGUGGUACUACAAAUCUUAUUUUCUCUUCCCCCGAGUUGUUUUAAAUCAAAAAGCACAUACAUUUGUAGUGAAAAGGUAUAGAAGAAGAAAUAAUAUAUAUGUGAGAUGUAUUACGUCCUCAAAAACAGGACUUAUUGAAUAUGAAAAGAUGCCAGCUGUUGUGUUGAAAUGGUUUUAAGCCCCCCUUAACGCCGUCAGUUUAGGCGUCCGCCGUAAAGUUGGGUGUUUGCGAGGGCUCAGUGCUUGUACUUAUGUCAGAAUCUUUAUUUUCUAUUAAAAAAAAAACAACAAAUAAUAACAAGUGGGUCUGUAUGUGAGUCUUGCAUGCCAUUGUAUCUGUACUGGUGUCCCAAAAACCUACGUGGCGAGAUCACCCGUUGUUUAAAAAGACAAGCAUCUCUGACCCGGAAACACCAGCCUCAUCCAAAGAGACUGUGGGAGGGAGGGACGAGACUUCCUCCUCCCUGACAGUGGUGAAAAAUCCUGUUUUUAAAGCUGCUAGUGAAUCCUGCGGACAGAUCUAAUGUAACACUACGGAUUGACUUCCAUAACACUCCCAGGCUGACACUAAAAAAAAAAAGACAUUGAAAUAAAAAAAAUAACAAGGUGCGGUGGGUCUGCAGGAUUCACAGCCCCCCUGGAGUCACAGGCGUCCCCCCCGGGAUGUCCGGUUUAACAGUCCAUAAUGCCAUUGUGUUGCACAGUUAAAAAGUUGAAUUGCAGAAGUAUCAUAUUUGUAAAAUCAUGAGAACAAAGACAAUAAAGUUAUUAAGAUUUA